AUGCUCCCUUUAUCUCUUGCAGGUUUUGGUCGGAAGGAUGUCGUUGAGUAUUUACUUCAAAGUGGUGCCAAUGUCCACGCACGAGAUGAUGGGGGCCUUAUUCCUCUUCACAACGCUUGCUCCUUUGGCCAUGCUGAAGUUGUCAAUCUUCUCUUGCGACACGGUGCAGACCCUAACGCUCGGGACAAUUGGAAUUACACUCCCCUUCAUGAAGCUGCCAUCAAGGGCAAGACAGAUGUCUGCAUUGUGCUGCUGCAGCACGGGGCCGAGCCGACCAUCCGCAACACCGACGGGAGAACGGCCCUGGAUUUGGCAGACCCCUCUGCAAAAGCAGUGCUGACUGGUGAAUACAAGAAAGAUGAACUCUUAGAGAGUGCCAGGAGCGGAAAUGAAGAAAAGAUGAUGUCUCUUCUUACACCAUUGAACGUUAACUGUCAUGCAAGUGAUGGCAGAAAGUCGACUCCUUUGCAUUUAGCAGCUGGGUAUAACCGUGUCAAAAUAGUGCAGCUCUUACUGCAGCACGGGGCUGACGUACACGCCAAGGAUAAAGGAGACUUGGUGCCACUUCACAACGCCUGUUCCUAUGGUCACUAUGAAGUAACAGAGCUUCUAGUAAAGCACGGCGCGUGUGUGAACGCGAUGGAUCUGUGGCAGUUCACCCCUCUGCACGAAGCAGCCUCUAAGAACAGGGUGGAAGUGUGUUCUCUUCUGUUAAGUUACGGUGCUGACCCUACACUCUUGAACUGUCACAACAAAAGCACCAUCGAUUUGGCUCCAACACCCCAAUUAAAAGAGCGAUUAGCAUAUGAAUUCAAAGGUCACUCACUGCUGCAGGCUGCAAGAGAAUCAGAUGUGGCUCGUAUAAAGAAACAUCUUUCUUUGGAGACAGUGAACUUCAAGCAUCCUCAAACACAUGAGACAGCAUUGCACUGUGCUGCUGCCUCUCCCUAUCCUAAGAGAAAACAAGUGUGUGAAUUGCUGCUGAGGAAAGGAGCCAACAUCAAUGAAAAAACAAAAGACUUCUUGACUCCUCUGCAUGUGGCAUCAGAAAAGGCUCAUAAUGAUGUUGUAGAAGUGGUUGUGAAACACGAAGCUAAGGUUAAUGCUUUAGACAAUCUGGGCCAGACCUCUCUGCACAGAGCAGCACACUGCGGGCACCUCCAGACCUGCAGGCUGCUCUUGAGUUCUGGCUGCGAUCCCUCCAUCGUGUCUCUGCAGGGCUUUACAGCCCUACAGAUGGGGACGGAGAGUGUGCAACAGCUGCUGCAAGAAGGGAUCCCAGUGGGUAAUUCUGAUGCAGAUCGACAGUUGCUGGAGGCUGCAAAGGCUGGAGAUGUGGAUACUGUAAAAAAACUGUGCACAGUUCAAAGUGUGAACUGCAGAGAUAUUGAAGGACGCCAGUCGACACCACUUCACUUUGCAGCGGGGUACAACAGGGUGUCUGUUGUCGAGUAUCUCCUUCAGCACGGCGCUGAUGUGCAUGCAAAAGACAAGGGAGGACUGGUCCCUUUACACAACGCCUGCUCGUACGGUCACUACGAAGUCGCGGAGCUGCUGGUUAAACACGGGGCGGUUGUCAACGUAGCUGAUCUGUGGAAAUUCACUCCCCUGCACGAAGCUGCAGCAAAAGGAAAAUAUGAGAUUUGCAAACUGCUGUUGCAGCAUGGAGCUGACCCCACGAAGAAAAACCGGGAUGGAAAUACUCCUCUGGACCUGGUUAAAGAUGGUGAUACUGAUAUUCAGGACUUACUUAGAGGAGAUGCAGCUCUUCUGGAUGCUGCGAAAAAAGGCUGUUUGGCCCGAGUGAAAAAGCUGUGUUCACCUGACAACGUCAACUGCCGGGACACGCAGGGACGGCACUCAACACCGCUGCAUUUAGCAGAUGAAUUCAAAGGUCACUCACUGCUGCAGGCUGCAAGAGAAUCAGAUGUGGCUCGUAUAAAGAAACAUCUUUCUUUGGAGACAGUGAACUUCAAGCAUCCUCAAACACAUGAGACAGCAUUGAGAAAACAAGUGUGUGAAUUGCUGCUGAGGAAAGGAGCCAACAUCAAUGAAAAAACAAAAGACUUCUUGACUCCUCUGCAUGUGGCAUCAGAAAAGGCUCAUAAUGAUGUUGUAGAAGUGGUUGUGAAACACGAAGCUAAGUUUUAUCUUCUGAAGUGUCAUGACCUCCAGAAAUAUGCUGAAUAUGUUCUUUUAAUUAAAAGGAGGAAGAAUCCUUGUGAAACUCUCCCAGUCAGCAGUGAAAACGGCUUUGAUAUUAAGCUUUGA